AUGGCCAUGACAACAACACCCGCUCUGCAGAGGUUGACGUCCUCGCCACGAAGCGUGUCAGCCACCAUCCAUGCAACGGGGCUCUUAUGCUUUGCGGCCUCGUUUGUAUGGCUGCCGAACAUCACCAACCCGCUCCACAGAGGCUUCGGCGGGUCGUACCAGUUCCUGACCAUCAUUGCGCUCACGUUAUCCACCAUGACAUUCGCAACCGGAUUCGUUGCCGACCUCUCUCAAAACACCCGACUCGCUGCUCUCAAGAGCAGGCUCUCCGUAUGCGCGACGCCCCUGGAGCUUCUCGUCACCAUCUCCUACUGGGGCCUGCGCUGUAUUGACAAGACGUUGGUCGUGCCUCCUGGGCACGAGGUCCCGUUCAUCCCAGAUUUCGGCUUCCACGCUAUGCCGGGCAUCAUGAUAAUACUGGAUUUGAUGCUCCUGAGCCCGCCGUGGUCGAUCAAGGCUGACGGUGCCCUUGCGCUCAACUCUUUUAUGGCGUUGUCAUACUUGGCUUGGCUGGAGUACUGUUUCUCGCAGAACCGAUGGUAUCCUUAUCCGCUCCUUGCGCGGCUGUCCAUGCGGCAGAAGCUAUGCCUUGUGCCUGUUUCAGCGGUCCUCAUGACGGGUAGCACCAUGGCUUUGAAGAGGGUAUAUCGAAGAGUUAAUAAAGUGCAAAGGUUUGGGAGGGACGCCAUCAUCGCCGUCAAAACAGAUUGA